GUCCCCUCAAUUUUUUUUAGGAAAAAAGUUGACCUUGCUCUAUUUUUUUUUCUCUAGUAAAGACUAAUAACUCGAGGAAUACCAAGAUGUUGUUCACUGUUUCUCGCAUUGCUCGCCCUACCGCUGCUCCCGUCAGCCAGGCUAUCCAAGCCCGUAACAUGGCCACCUUGAAAGAAAUUCAACAACGUUUGAAGUCUGUCAAAAACAUUGAAAAGAUCACCAAGUCCAUGAAGAUGAUUGCUUCCACCAAGGUCAACAAGGCUCAACGUAGUAUGGAAGCUGCUCGUGCUUUCGGUGCUGCUUCUACUUCUCUCUUUGAAAGUGCUGAAACUAAGGCUGCUGAUGAUGCCAAGGUUCUCUUCAUUGCCUCUUCCUCUGAUCGUGGUCUUUGCGGUGGUAUUCACUCGAGCGUUUCCAAGGCUACCCGUAGAGCUAUUGCCGAUGCUCCUGAAGCACCUCUUGUCGUUCUCGGUGAUAAGCCCAAGGCUCAGUUAGCUCGUGUCUUGCGUCAAAACAUUGCUGUCACUUUCAACCAAAUUGGUAAGGACAUCCCUACCUUUGAAGAAGCUUCUUCUAUUGUCGAUGUGAUCAAUGCCCAAGGUAUCGAAUACGAUUCUGUCAACAUUGUGUACAACAGAUUCAAGUCUGUCAUCGCUUAUGAAGCUGACACCGUCCCCGCCUUCUCUGAAGCUACCUUCAAGAACUCCCCUAACUUUGCUGCUUAUGAAAUCGAAGAUGAUGUUCUUGCUAACCUUCAAGAAUUCACCUUUGCCAACUCCCUUUACUGGGCUAUGGUCGAAGGUCACGCUUCUGAAAUGUCUGCCAAGCGUACUGCUAUGGAGAACGCCACAAAGAAUGCUGGUGACAUGAUCCUCAAGUUGACUAUGACCUUCAACCGUGGUCGUCAAGCCGUUAUUACAAACGAAUUGAUUGAUAUUAUUACUGGUGCUUCUGCUCUUUAAAUGGAAUAAUAUAAUGUUAUUACAAGUGAGAAAAAAAAAACUCUUUUUUCACAUAAAAUAAAACCAAAAAAUCAAAAAGAAAAAGAAAAGAGAGGACAAUGUGUGUCUUAAGCAACUCUCCUCUUGUUUGUAAUAAAAGAAACUUUGUUUAUAUUUAAUUGAAAACACUCUUGCUUGUUGCCUUGGUUACUAUGCAAAUUUAUGACUAUUUCAUGAGCUCUGGAACUGUUUAAUUCAAAAUGACAUUAUACAUAAUCUAUUCACAGAUAACCAGAAAGAGUUGGAGAGAGUUAUGUCAUAUGAUCAGGAACAAUUGACGUCAAAUCGAAAGUUCUCUCCGUAUUACAGUUCUUUCGGAUUUCGGAAAGGAAAGGAAAGAACGUCUCUUUUAUUCCAAACUUCUAUUUUUGUUGAAAAUGAAGACCUG